AUGAGCAACCAAGGCCAGCGUGAUCGCUCGGCCUCGUCGUCGCACUUAUCUCCACCUGCCACGGCCGAUUCUUUCCAACCAUUCUCCAAUCCUUAUGACACCCAACUGCAGCAGCAGCAAUUCCAGGCCAACAACCUCAACCACCAACAAUUUCUUGACCCUCAAGCAACCCUGCUGGACUUUCAAUCAUCUUCUUUCGAUAACAAUAGCUUCUUCGGCGUACGAACUCCCAGCCUCUAUAGUCCAAACGGCAGCAGUAGUAAUCUGAGCGGCAACCUAUCUCCCACAUCUCUCAGCGCGACCAACCUGUCACUCAACGGACCAUCGCCUCACAAUCUUUCUCAGCACGAGUCCAACGCUUUCCCUGGCUUUGACUUCAACCAACAUCAGCUAGAUCCAAACUUGCUGUACGGCAACGUCCAGCAACACUCGUCCAACCCAUCGCUAGUCGACCCCAACAUGGCUGCGACGCAUCAUAACCCGACUCCUCCUCAUCUGUUACAGCCAGGAUUGCGCCGCUCGUCGCAGAGCCCCAGCCCGCACGCUUCCCCGUCGUAUCAACAGGCUUCAUUCAACCAGGUCAAUCGCCAGAGAUCAGAGUCUCUCGACCCCGCGAGCGCUGCCUACCCACCUCCUGGUUAUCGCGGCAACGAUUGGGGUGCCGGCCAGGCUUUCCAGUCGCAUCGUCGCUCACCGUCGGACGCGUAUUCGGACAUCUCGUCGCAUUCCAACCACGCCUCACCGUAUCUACCCUCAGCUGACAGCUUCGAUGCUUCACCCAUGCUGAAUCCUCAAACGGAUCCCUCGCUUUUUCCCGAUGCUCUUGGUCUCGGGCAAUUCUCCUUGUCCGAUACGCAAAUUCCACCUCACAUCAGCCCAGGCCCUAGUCCAGCUGUGUCGCCUCGUUUAUUGCCACAAUCACAGCAGGCGCUUCCAGACUUCAAUACUGCCAAUGGCUUCGCGCUGCAGCCGGAUAUGGGAUAUCAAACACAACAGCAGAAUUUCGACAUGUACCCUGGUGUCUCGCUUUCAGGAGGUGAACCAUUCCCACAGCUUAGCAAUGGCGGCACUCCCAACGAGAUAGGCAUGGCUGAUACCAUGUCUCCGCCUGAGAUCAACAUCGACUUUGCUCCGCCAUCGAGAGUGCCUAGCUUUGGACCUCCUAACGGUACAGGACCAGAGGACGCGCUCAGCCCCCCAGAAAGAAUGUUUCUAGAUCGCAGUCGCAAUCGGAUGCGUGCCAAGUCGGAUACCUUCGUUGGGUCGCGACCUGUGCCUCCCUCGGUUGCAGGAAGAGGUAGAUCUCCUUCUUUGCAACCGGGUACAAAUUCCCUAUCGCCGUUCGAUGCUCGUCACAGCGGCUCUCGUUCUCCCUCGCCUUCUUCCAUCUCUUCGACCAGCGGACUAUCCAGGCGCUCUUCGACUUCGUCUGUACCUCAGCGUGAUUACAUACUCGAUCUGGCAAAUCCCGAAAGAGCUGCUAGCGGCGGCAACGAUCCCAAGAGAACACAGAAACACCCUGCCACUUUCCAGUGCACUCUUUGUCCCAAGAAGUUCACACGCGCGUACAACCUGCGCUCCCACCUCCGUACCCAUACCGACGAAAGACCUUUUGUCUGUACUGUUUGUGGAAAAGCAUUCGCUCGUCAACACGACCGUAAGCGACACGAAAGCCUGCAUUCUGGCGAGAAGAAGUUUGUCUGCAGAGGUCAACUGAGCAAUGGGGAACAGUGGGGAUGUGGUCGACGUUUUGCGCGCGCUGAUGCUCUUGGCCGACAUUUCCGUUCAGAAGCCGGACGAGUGUGUAUCAAACCUCUGCUGGACGAGGAAGCUGCCGAGCGCCAGAAGCAAUGGGCAGAAGAGCAUGCCCAACGACAAAUGCAGAGCGAUCAAGGCUUUGUAGCCCCACCACCCAUGAUGAACCAGCCUCAUCUCCACCCAAUUCUUCCGGCUGCUUUACUCCAAAUGUACCCAGAUCUUGCCAAUCUCGACUGGGGUGCAGUGGGGGCGCCAGCUAUUCCAGAAGAGCCUGAAGUCUUCAGUGGGAGAAGCAGUUUCGACGCUGGUAGUGGCAAUGAAUGGGGAGACAUUAGCGAGAAUGAGAUGGGUGCUUAUGGACAGCAGACUCCAAACAUGAACAUGGGUCUAGCCAACAAUGGAUGGCUGAGUGACAUGGAACGAUGA